AUGGAGGCCAACGCGGCGGGGGGCGCCGGGGGCGGCACCAACAGUGGCCUGGGCGGCGAGGACGGGGUCCACUUCCAGAGCUACCCUUUCGACUUCCUGGAGUUCCUCAACCACCAGCGCUUCGAGCCCAUGGAGUUGUACGGGGAGCACGCCAAGGCCAUGGCCGCCCUGCCCUGCGCCCCGGGGCCUGCACCCCAGCCUCCGCCACCGCCCCCCACCCCGCAGUACGACUACCCGCCCCAGUCCACCUUCAAGCCCAAGGCAGAGGUGCCUUCCUCCUCCUCGUCGUCCUCCUCCUCCUCGUCCACGCUUUCCUCGGCUGCUGCCCAAGCCAAGAAGUCCGACCCGCCCCUGGCCCCUGCCUUCGGCGCCCCGCCGCCCCCACUCUUCGACGCCGCCUUCCCUGCCCCCCAGUGGGGCAUCGUGGACCUCUCAGGCCACCAGCACCUCUUUGGGAACCUGAAGCGUGGGGGGCCGCCUUCUGGGCCAGGGGUCACGCCGAGCUUGGGCGCACCCACCGGCACCCCGGGGCCCCUGCCGGCCCCCGCGCAGACCCCACCGGUGCCCGGCGCAGGGGUGGCCUGUGACCCCACCAAGGACGACAAGGGCUACUUCCGGAGGCUCAAGUACCUGAUGGAGCGGCGCUUCCCCUGCGGCGUGUGCCAGAAGUCCUUCAAGCAGUCCUCACACCUGGUCCAGCACAUGCUGGUGCACUCGGGCGAGCGGCCUUACGAGUGCGGCGUCUGCGGCCGCACCUACAACCACGUCUCCAGCCUCAUCCGCCACCGGGUGGCCGUGCCCCCGCCGGUCACGGGCAGUGGGGAGGGCCCCUUCGCCUGCCCGCUGUGCUGGAAGGUGUUCAAGAAGCCCAGCCACCUGCACCAGCACCAGAUCAUCCACACAGGCGAGAAGCCCUUCUCCUGCACCGUGUGCAGCAAGAGCUUCAACCGCCGCGAGAGCCUCAAGCGCCACGUGAAGACGCACUCGGCCGACCUGCUGCGCCUGCCCUGCGGCAUCUGCGGCAAGGCCUUCCGGGACGCGUCCUACCUCCUCAAGCACCAGGCCGCGCACGCUGGCGGCACCGGGCCCCGGCCCGUCUACCCCUGCGACCUGUGCGGCAAGUCCUACUCGGCGCCACAGAGCCUGCUCCGCCACAAGGCCGCGCACGCGCCUCCCGCACCCGAUGCUGCCAAGGACGCGGCAGGCCCGCAGCCUGCGCCCCCCUUCCCUGCGGGCCCCUACCUGCUGCCCUCCGACCCGCCGGCCACUGACAGUGAGAAGGCGGCGGCAGCCGCAGCGGCCGUGGUGUACGGAGCCGUUCCCGUUCCGCUGCUGGGUGCGCACCCGCUGCUGCUGGGGGGCGCGGGGCCGAGCGGUGCGGGGGGCGCAGGGCCGAGCGCGCCGGGCAAGACGUUCUGCUGCGGCAUCUGCGGGCGUGGCUUCGGCCGGCGCGAGACCCUGAAGCGCCACGAGCGCAUCCACACGGGAGAGAAGCCCCACCAGUGCCCGGUGUGUGGCAAGCGCUUCCGCGAGUCCUUCCACCUGAGCAAACACCACGUGGUGCACACGCGCGAGCGGCCCUACAAGUGCGAGCUGUGCGGCAAGGUGUUCGGCUACCCGCAGAGCCUGACGCGCCACCGCCAGGUGCACCGCCUGCAGCUGCCCUGUGCGCUGGCCGGCGCCGCGGGCCUCCCAGGCAGCCAGGGCACAGCGGGGGCCUGUGGGGGCGCGCCGGGCGGUGGGGGCGCGCAGGCCGACGCGCUCAGCUAUGCCUGCUCCGACUGUGGCGAGCACUUCCCGGACCUCUUCCACGUCAUGAGCCACAAGGAGGUGCACAUGACCGAGAAGCCGUAUGGCUGCGACGCCUGCGGCAAGACCUUCGGCUUCAUCGAGAACCUCAUGUGGCACAAGCUGGUGCACCAGGCGGCCCCCGAGCGCCUCCUGCCGCCGGCGCCCAGCGGCACCCAGGCUGCCGAUGGGGAGAGCGGCGCGGCGGAGGCGGCCAACGCGCUGGACAAUGGGCUGGCGGGCGAGGUGGGCGCUGCGGUGGCGGCGCUGACGGGGGUGACCAGCGGUGAGGACCCUGGCAGCGCGGGGACUGCCGGGGGCGCGGGCGGGGCUGGGGGUCCUGAGCGCUUCAGCUGCGCCACAUGCGGCCAGAGCUUCAAGCACUUUCUGGGCCUGGUGACGCACAAGUACGUGCACCUGGUGCGCCGGACUCUGGGCUGUGGCCUGUGUGGCCAGAGCUUCGCCGGCGCCUACGACCUGCUCCUACACCGCCGCAGCCACCGGCAGAAGCGCGGCUUCCGCUGCCCGGUAUGUGGCAAGCGCUUCUGGGAGGCGGCGCUGCUCAUGCGUCACCAGCGGUGCCACACGGAGCAGCGGCCCUACCGGUGCGGCGUGUGCGGCCGCGGCUUCCUGCGCUCCUGGUACCUGCGGCAGCACCGCGUGGUGCACACGGGCGAGCGCGCCUUCAAGUGCGGCGUGUGCGCCAAGCGCUUCGCGCAGUCCUCCAGCCUGGCGGAGCACCGGAGGCUGCACGCCGUGGCACGGCCCCAGCGCUGUGGCGCCUGCGGCAAGACCUUCCGCUACCGCUCCAACCUGCUGGAGCACCAGCGGCUGCACCUGGGCGAGCGCGCCUACCGCUGCGAGCACUGCGGCAAGGGCUUCUUCUACCUGAGCUCCGUGCUGCGCCACCAGCGCGCGCAUGAGCCUCCGCGGCCCGAGCUGCGCUGCCCUGCCUGCCUCAAGGCCUUCAAGGAUCCCGGCUACUUCCGCAAGCACCUGGCAGCGCACCAGGGCGGCCGGCCCUUCCGCUGCUCGUCCUGUGGCGAGGGCUUCGCCAACACCUACGGCCUCAAGAAGCACCGCCUGGCCCACAAGGCCGAGGGCCUCGCCGCGCCGGGGGCAGGGACAGGUGCCUUGGCAACGAAGGACACCUGA